AUUGCAACUGUAACACACAUUGCAAGUGCCAACGUGAGGAGCCAUGGCGGACCAACUCUUGCGUAAAAAGAGAAGAAUUUUUAUCCAUUCAGUGGGUGCAGGCACAAUAAACGCCUUGCUGGAUUGCCUAUUAGAGGAUGAAAUUAUUAGCCAGGAAGACAUGAACAAAGUGAGAGAUGAAAAUGACACUGUCAUGGAUAAGGCUCGAGUCUUGAUUGACCUUGUUAUCGGAAAAGGACCCAGGUCUUGCCUCAAAUUUAUCAAGCAUCUCUGUGAAGAAGACCCUCAACUUGCCACAAAGAUGGGUUUGCACAAAGAGUGAAGAUGGAACUCUGGAGCACUUCGGAGACUUCCUAGAGCCCUCCUCCUUCC